AUGCGGGGCUGUCGGGCCAAGGCGCCGCAGACGCCUGGGGGAGGGGGUCCAGAGGCCUCAUUACUGCACCGCUCACCCAAAGAGGGACCUUUCCGGGAGGAACAGCCCAUGCCAAGGGCGCUACACGUGUACUGGGGGUGGGCAAGUGGGCAGUGCAGAUGGCCUGUGGAUGCUGGGGGCCUUGUUCCUGGCACCAGUGUGAGGGCUCUGCGUGUGCCAAGGCCAGGGCAUCCUGUCACGGCCAGAGCAGGCCCUUAUCCCUCAGGGUACCUGGCGCAGGGCUCCUGUCCUUCGCGGGGCUCCCCAUGCUGCUGUGUUGUCCCCAGGCUGACCGGCAGCGAGCCCCUGACCAUCCUCCCGCUGACCGUGGAGCCUGAGGCCGUGGCCCAGGCUCAUUUCAAGGCCUGCGAUCGGCUGAAGCUGGAGCGCAAGCAGCGGCGCAUGUGCCGCCGGGACCCGGGCGUGGCCGAGACACUGCUGGAGGCCGUGAGCAUGAGUGCGCUCGAGUGCCAGUACCAGUUCCGCUUUGAGCGCUGGAACUGCACUCUGGAGGGUCGCUACCGCGCCAGCCUGCUCAAGCGAGGCUUCAAGGAGACCGCCUUCCUCUACGCCAUCUCCUCGGCCGGGCUGACACAUGCGCUGGCCAAGGCCUGCAGCGCCGGCCGCAUGGAGCGCUGCACGUGCGAUGAGGCGCCUGACCUGGAGAACCGGGAAGCCUGGCAGUGGGGCGGCUGCGGGGACAACCUCAAGUACAGCAGCAAGUUCGUCAAGGAGUUCCUGGGCCGGCGCUCGAGCAAGGACCUGCGGGCCCGCGUGGACUUCCACAACAACCUCGUGGGUGUGAAGGUGAUAAAGGCCGGAGUGGAGACGACCUGUAAGUGCCAUGGCGUGUCAGGCUCCUGCACCGUGCGGACCUGCUGGCGGCAGCUGGCACCUUUCCACGAGGUGGGCAAGCACCUGAAGCACAAGUACGAGACAGCGCUCAAGGUGGGCAGCACCACCAACGAGGCCACUGGAGAGGCGGGUGCCAUCUCCCCACCCCGGGGCCGGGCCUCGGGGACCAGCAGUGACCCGCUGCCUCGUACACCAGAGCUGGUGCACCUGGAUGACUCGCCCAGCUUCUGCCUGGCUGGCCGCUUCUCCCCAGGCACAGCUGGCCGCCGGUGCCACCGAGAGAAGAACUGCGAGAGCAUCUGCUGCGGGCGUGGCCACAACACGCAGAGCCGGGUGGUGACCAGGCCCUGCCAGUGCCAGGUGCGCUGGUGCUGCUAUGUGGAGUGCCGGCAGUGCACCCAGCGCGAGGAGGUCUAUACCUGCAAGGGCUGAGCCCUGCCGCAGCCAGCCGUGCUCUGUGGGUGUAGACAUUGCACCUGGAGGGAGGAGGACUAUUCCUGCAAGGGCUGAGCCCUGGCUGCAGCUAGUCCUGCUCUGUGGGGUGCAGGCACCCAUACAAUAUGAGGGGUCUACACUACCAGGGCUGAGCCCCCAGGUCCGACAGGCCCUGCUCUGUGGGUGUAGACAUUGCACAGUGUAGGGGAGUCUAUACCUGGUGUAGACAUUGCACCUGGGCUCUACACCUGGAAAGGCCAAGCCGCUGCCCAUGGCAGUAGGCAUCUGUACCUGCCAGGGCUUUGGCUCUGCCAGCUUGCCGUGGCCAGGGGCUGGUGCAGUGGCCCCUGCUUGGCUCCCCUCUGCCUUGCGUGUACCCUGGGCUACAGCUUCCUCCCCUGACACGAGAGCAUUGUUGCAGUGCUUUCUGAGUUGUCUCUGUCCCCAACACACCUAUCCCUGGAGUGUGACCCUCAUCUGGUCUCUUGACUGCCCCUCUCUGCCUCCAGGCUCACUCUGAGGCUGGGGGGCCCGUGCACCUUUGUGACCAUGUGGCUGCCCUUGGGGAUAGCCUGGCACCCGGCACCGGCACCAGCACUGUGUUCAAAGAGUCAAACCACUAGGAGAGAGUGCCAGCUGCCUGUGUCCAGCUUUGCCGCCCAGGGGCCAGGCUUGGGGGUCUUUGCUGUCCCUCUCUGACAUUGAGCACUUCUUUUGUUGGAGUGAAAUCAGUAACUUUUAAAUUAUUAUUCUUAUUUAACUAAUGUAAUAAUUAUUAAUACCCCCUACCCCCAUGCCACCUCCCUGGUCAUGCUCUCUGGUGGCACCUAGAGCCAGUCUGGGAGGCUCGGAAGGUUCUCCUUCCCUCCCCACCACGCCCCACCUGUUAGCUUUGACCUUUGAAACCACUAUUCCAGAUUAUACUGUUGCUGAAUGAACAGAUGCCUGGCCACAGUUCUUGGGGCCUCUGGACGCCACCACACAGUGGCAGAGCCACACGGUGGCCCUUGCUCUGCACCUUGCAGCAGAGAGCCCAGUGCCCAGGGCAGGAGUGGCUGUGGGUGGGUGUGGUGAAAAGGCAGGGAGGCGGGGGGCACGGGUGCAGUCUGCCUAGCCUUGGCCACAGGUUGCUCUUCUUUUGGUAGUGCUGUCUUUGCCAGGGAAGUGGCCAAUGCCAAAGGGAUUGGUUUGAGGGUGUGUGUGUGUGUGUGUGUGUGUGUGUGCGUGGUGUGCACACGUGUGUGAGGUAGGCUGGAGUGGGCAGCUGGGUUGCACCCCUUCUCGGAGCACCACAUGGUGCUUCUGUGGCCUGGGCUCUUCAGGCGGUGUCCCUGCGAGCAUAGCUGGGGUCUGGGCAGGCAGCAGGUGGACGCUGGGACUACUGAGUGAGGAGCAGCUUCCUCAGGGGCCCAGGAAGGUGGGGGACUGUGUCAAAGAAAGCCUGUUUCUGGGCAUAUGGGUCUCUGGCCAACCCUGGAUGGUACACUUGGAAAGGUUAGCUCUGUGAUCGAUGACAGCCGGGUCACAGCCCACCCCCAGGGCCCAGCGUGGUGGUAGUGUGAGGUCAGGCUGGAGGUAGGUGGGCUGGCAGGUGAGAGUCCCCAUUCCCCUGCCAUCGGUGCUGCAAGCCCCGCAGCGGACCUGCCAGGUACCCUCUGCAGCCGAGCUCGGCCCCAGCACGUAUGUGGCAUGGUUUUGCCAAGUCAAGGGAAGGAUGUUUUUAUCAAAUACCACAUUUAGCUCUGUGUCCUCAAUAUUCAGAAAAGUAUUUUUAAGCAAGGUGGACUGCACACGUCUGCUGGCUGUUUCUAUGCAAUGUGUGUUAGAGUGUCCUGCUCGCUGUGGCAGCAGCUCUGCGGUGGGCAGGGUGGAGGGCAGGGCGGGUCCCCGCCCCCGGCCCGCAUGAACCCAGACCCCAGGCUCGCGGUGGCUGGGCGGCCGGGGCAUACGGGAUGUCUUUGUGCUGAGUCUGUGCGAGCCUGUUGAUUUCUCUACCUCAUCUGUGUAGUGAGUAGGUAUGUACCUGAGGGACUGUGGAGAAUGUAUUUAUUUAACAGCUUUGUAUAGCAGAGCCGGAAACAAUGGAAACACUAAAUAAACGUAUUUUAAGUUAUAGCCAAACUCAGCC